UUAUUUAUUUAUUUAUUUAUUCCAAGGCUGGGAUAAUGGCUCAGUGCACACAGCAGGACCUAUCUCUGGCCCAGGGAAAUCUACAGCUACUAAGCUGGUUUGGGGGCUGGGGACACAGUUGAAUAAACACAAGUACUUAGGUUUUCUGAGAGUGCUGUUCUUCUCUGGUUCCGGAGGCAUGAGUAGGUUGUGUGCCUCACUGUCUGUCCCAGUGAAAUUGCGUCAUGAACGGUACUGCCACAUGAGCUGUGGAAUGACGUUAAGGGAAUCAUACAUGAAGAAAGCAAGAGAUCAUUAAAAAGACAGGAAGUAAAGAAAAGACUAAAAUGGAUGUUAGAAGACACUCUGAAACUUGCUUUUGAAUAUCAAGUAGCUAUAGCAAAAGGAAGAAAUGGUGAAGUAGGAGUGAACAGAAGUUUCCCAAGGGUAGAUUGAGAAGACAAAGUAAAGUAGUAUAAUUACAUGUGCAAAGACCCAGAGAUAGAAAACUAAAAGUGAAGAACACAUUCAGAUUUUCCAAAACUGAAAGAUCUGAAGAAAAAUCCAAGCCUCGAGUUACAUUAUUGAAUGAUUCCAUGGGGGAAAUAUUAAAUGACAGAGCAAGCAUCAAAAGAAGGUGGAAGGAAUACAGAGUCACUAUACCGAAAAGAAUUGGUCGACAUCAACCAUUUCAGGAUGUAGCAUAUGAUCAGGAACUGAUGGUCCUGAAGGAAGAAUUCCAAGCUGCACCGAAGACACUGGCAAAAAAAACAAGGCUCCAGGAAUUGACAGAAUAACAAUUGAGAUGUUUCAACAAAUGGAUGCUGCACUGGAAGUGCUCACUCAUCUAAGCCAAGAAAUUUGGAAGACAGCUACCUGGCCAACUGACUGGAAGAAAUUCAUAUUUAUGCCUUUUCCAAAGACAAGUGAUCCAUCCAAAUGCAGAAAUUAUUGAACAAUAUCAUUACUGUGACAGGCAAGUAAAAUUUUGGUGACGAUGAUUCAAAAGCUGUUGUAGCCAUACAUUGACAGGGAACUGUCAGAAAUUCAAUACAGAUUCAGAGAAAGCCAUGGAACCAGGGAUAUCACAGAUGAUACCAGAUGGAUCCUGGUUAAGAGCAAAGAAUACCAGAAAGAUGUUUACCUGUGGUUUAUUGACUAUGCAAAGGCAUUCAUCUGUGUGAAUCAUAAAUUAUGAAUAACAUUGGGAAGGAUGGGAAUUCUAGAACACUUAAUUGUGCUGAUAAGGAACCUGUACAUCGAUCAAGAAGCAGUCAUUUGAACAGAACAAGGGAUACUUCAUGGAUUAAAGGCAAGAAAUGUGGACAUCAGGUUUGUAUCCUUUCACCAUACUUAUUUAACCAGUGGAACUCUACUGGUGCAGUGCUUAAACCUUCAGCACUAACCAGAAAGUCAGUAGUUUAAAUCUACCCCUUGCUUCUUGGAAACACUAUGGGGUAGUUCUACUCUGUCCUAUAGGGUCACUAGGAGUCAGAAUUGACUUGACAGCAACACUUUUGGUUUUGGUUUAUUCAGUCUGUAUGCUAAGGAAGUCAUCUGAGAAAAUGAGCUGUAAGAAGAAGAAUGGGACAUCAGGAUUGGAGAAAGGCUCCUUAAUAACCAGCAUUAUGCAGAUGACACAACCUUGCUGGCUGAAAGUGAAGAGGACUUGAAGCACUUACUAAUGAAUAUCAAAGACCAUCAUCACCUUCAGUAUGGAUUGCACUUCAACAUGAAGAAUACAAAGAUCCUCACAACUGUAUCAAUAAGCAAAAUUAUGAUAAAAGGAGAAAAGAUUGAAGUUGUCAAGCAUUUCCCUUAACUUGCAUUCACAGUCAACACCCAUGGAAGCAGCAGUCAAGAAAUUAAAAGACAUGUUGCACUGGGCAAAUCUGCUGCAAAGGACCUCUCUGAAGUUUUGAAAAACAAAGAUGUCACCUUGAAGACUAAGGUGUGCUUGACCUUAUGUCUCACAUAUUUGCUCCAGCUGUCAGGAAUAAUCAGUCCCUGGAAAAGGCAUCAUGCUUGGUAAAGUACAGCAUCAUAAAAAAAGAGGAAGACUUUUGAGGAGAGAUGGGUUGAUACAGUGACUGCAAUAAUGGGCUCAAGCAUAACAAGGAUUGUGAGGAUAACACCAGGCAGUGUUUCGCUCUGUUGUUCAUAGGUUUGCUAUAAGUCAGAAUCCGCUCAAGGGCACCUAACAAUAACAACAUAGGUAGAUAGCUAGAGAGAAAGAGAGAAAUAAAAAAGCAAAACUAAGUUUUUUGUUUUCUGGAAAGCAUCGUCAAAACAUGUAUGUUUUCUUAAAAAGUUUCAUACUUAUACCUUUCAACAAUAAGAGUAGAAAGAGCCCUUGGAGUCUGUCUAUUUCUACUGUUUGUUCUUUACCCACAAAACAACCAGAAAAUAUUUAAGAGCAAACACUUAAUGAUCCAUUACUUUUGGAAAUUCUUAUUCCAGAGACUGUGAGAAUUUCCAGAGAAACAAACAGAAAAUAAUAAUAAUAAUUCAAGACAGAGUGGACUAUGUGUAAUGAAUGUUAUACAAUCACAAAAUCAUUGGAUUGGGGGUCAGUUGACAUGUGGUUGGGGGAAAGGAAUCAGACACUGAUUAAUGGAAAUAAAGGAUAACCAUUAUAAGAGUGUCAUAUAUCAAAAUGGGGCAGUAAGGAAGUUUGUUUCAGAAAUGGAGACAAACAGGAUGAGCAAUGGGAUAGAUGUGAAAAUCAUGUAGUAGAGAGGAUCUGAGCUUCAUUACCUGUGUGAUUUGACUGGAGGAUGGUGUAGAUUCAACAUUGCCAUAAGGCAUAGCAUUAAACUUAAUGCUGUUAAUGGACAUUGAUCACUUUGUAUGAAAACUUGGGUCUUUGCUAAAGUUUUUGUAGCAUUCGCAGGGGAAAAAUACAGAACAAGGAAUCUAAUUAAUCGCAUGUUUAUACAACACAGAAAAAUAAGGGCAGAGGCUUUAGAGGUUUAAGUCCCAAAUGUCACUAAGUGAAAAUAAAAUGUGACCUGCCUAUUGUUCACCUGCCCAAAAUCAGAAGAGAAGGACAUGCUUAUCUCAGGUAGGACUCUGAAUCAGCAAAUUAAAAGACUACAGAAAAAAAAUUUGGGGGGGGGAAUGAGGAAUCAAAUCUUGAGGAAUUUGUAUAUGAAUCAUUUUGUAACUACUAAUGUACGUAAAUAAACUCUGCAAUCUAACAGACAAACCAUAAUAUCUUAUGGUGGAAGAUGUGUGAAUUUGCCUGAUUUCAUUUGUAGAAGUAAAGGAGAUAUUUCAUUACUUUAUAUUGUAACUAAAAUUCAUAUAUAAAACAUUAAUUCUUAUUUUCCCCUGUUAGAUAGUGAUAUCAAUAUAUAUGUGAAUUUAAGAUUUGUUCUAGCGCUAUUCUUACUAUAAUUGAGUAAUCACAUUAAACAUACCAAUAUGUAUAAAUUCUAGAUCAUGUGGACCACACACUGUAAUACUUAAGUACAGAAAGAUAUAAAAAUCAGACCAACAUUUGAUUUUUAUAUACCAACAGAGAGAUUCACACACAUUCACAGACACAAACACAGACACACAUACACUCACACAAGGAAAUAAACCCUUAAUAUUUAUGAGACAUUUAUUAUUCCUCUUCCUAUUUUCAAUCUUUAUUGAAAAUUCAAUUUAAAAAUCCAAAGAGAUGCAAACGUGUGUUUUAAAUUCUGUAUUUCCCAUGUUUUUUUCAUUUCUCUAUCUUAUUAACACACAUAUCCCUUGGGAUCCAGUCAGUCAUAUAACUGGACUAUAAAUGGUCGGCAAAGAGGAGAUGGAGUGUGAUAGAAAAGUCAAAUAAAACAUGUUUUGUUCAUGUUUAGCUAUUCGGGUAAAACUAAAGACAUCAUGCAGCAAAACAGUAACAUUUUAACUUCCAUUUAUUAUAUGCAGGACAAUUCAUAGUUGCUGAAGCUUAAAAUCAAUUACGUUUCUGGAUGAGUACAAAAAAAGUGAUGCAUUCAAGUAUUUAUUUUUCCAUGUCAAAUGUUUAGGUCAGCAUCUUCUGGCCGUGUCUCUCUGACUGUCGUGUGUUUCUGAUAUCAUUUGGAUUCUGAAAUGAGCUUUCGGUUUUUUCAAACCUGCUGCCUCAGAUAAGAUAUAAUUGUCAUAUACCAAGAGUGACAUAUGGAUUUGGAAUCAAAGUUUCUAAACUUUCUAUUCAAGACUUUAUGUAUUUUUAUCAAUAACAUGACAAUGCCUCUUUUUCAGGGUCGUUUAUCUGAACUAGUUUCCUAGGACAAGGAAGACAAUUUACAGAAACAAAGUGUUCCCUAAUUCUUUAAUACAAUGAGUAUUUAUAGAAAUCGUCUUCUGUACUCUUUAUUACAGAGAAUAUUUUGUGGAUGUCUACCACAGUUAAACCCUGAUCUAUCAUUUUCUUCAGUGCUUUUUAGCCAUUUAAAAUAAGAACAAAGAAGAAUGGAUGGAGAAAAUUGCUCCUCCUUGACUGAAUUCCACCUCGUGGGAAUUACUAAUAACCCUGAGAUCGAAGCGACCAUAUUCACCUUCUUUCUUGUUGUUUAUCUCAUUAUUCUUGUGGCAAAUCUUGGGAUGAUCAUUUUAAUUAGAAUGGACUCCCAGCUUCAAACACCAAUGUACUUUUUCCUUAGCCACCUCUCCUUCUGCAACCUCUGCUAUUCCACGGCAGUUGGGCCCAAGAUGCUGGUGGACCUCUUAACCAAAGACAAAUCAAUUUUUUUCUAUGGCUGUGCUCUGCAGUUCUUCAUAUUUUGUAUCUUUACAGAUUCUGAGUGUCUCCUGCUGGCCGUGAUGGCCUUUGACAGGUACAAGGCCAUUAGCAACCCCUUGCUCUAUACAGUCGACAUGUCCAGCAGGGUGUGCUCCGUGCUCAUGGUUGGGAUUUACCUGGUGGGCGUGGUGGAUGCUUUGAUACACGCCAUGUUAACUUUCCACUUAUGUUUCUGUGGGUCAAAUGAAGUUAACCAUUUCUUCUGUGAUGUUCCUCCGCUAGUGUUGCUAUCUUGUUUAGAUAUACAGGUUAAUGAGUUAGUGAUAUUCAUUGUUUUUGGCUUCAUUGAACUGAGUACCCUUUCAGGGAUUUUAGUCUCUUACCGUUACAUCAUCCUCUCAGUCUUAAAGAUCCGCUCUGCUGGGGGAAAGUUCAAAGCUUUCUCCACCUGCACCUCUCACUUAACUGCUGUUGCAAUGUUCCAGGGAACUAUGCUCUUUAUGUAUUUCCGCCCAAGCUCUGCCUACUCUCUAGAUCAAGACAAAAUGACCUCGUUGUUUUAUACCCUUGUUAUUCCCAUGUUAAACCCCCUGGUAUACAGCCUAAGAAAUAAAGAUGUGAAAGAAGCUCUGGAAAAACUAAAAAACAAAAUGUUGUUUUAAAUAGUUACACAUGUAAGAAGUUGGAGUUUUUUUCAAAUCUUAUAAGUAGAGUAUAAUGUGGUCUCUAAUUCUUUAAUACAAUCAGUAUUUGUACAAAUCCUCUUCUGUACCCUUUAUUAGGUACUUUCCUAAAUAUGCUGUACUUUGUUAAGUGUCUUCAAUUUAAAAAUAGCACUCACUAAUUUUACAAAUGUUUCCAGUCUCUUUAUUAGUGUAUAAAAAUUUUAUUUGUUCUAAUUUAUUUUUUAUGCAUUAACUGAAUUAUUUUAGGAGUUACUGAUUGUUUAUUUAACAUCUACUAUACCCUUGACUUUCUGUAUUUUAAGAUCAAUCCAGUGGGUACUAUACUAAUGAAUUCUAUAAUCCACUGUAAACGGUGAACUUUAAUUAGCUCAUAUUUCAAAUAAUUCAUAAUGAACUAUAAAACUUUGUGAAACAAAAAAGCAAGGUGCUCUUAAUCCAAAGUAAAAUGUCUUAAUCUGCUAAGAAAAGGAGCAAAACUUGGUUGAAAUGGGCACAUGUAGGUUCUGAUCUAAAUGAUGAAAGGAGAUGCAAAGUGGGGGGAGAGGAAAGUAUUGUAGACAGGAGAAUUGGCCAUUAGUGGUCAUGAGGUAGCUAUGACUAUGUCUUUUUAGAGGAAAUAAAGACCCAAAUUAUUAGAUAUAAAAGAUCAAAAAGAAGGACCUUGGUGAAGCCCAUCCUUGUGCUAUAAUUCUUAACUUGCUCCUUCCUUCCUUUCAUCCCUCCUCCCCACCCCAUCUCAGGCCUGGGCAAAUUCCCCUAGCCUUGGUUCGUAAACCACCCUCUCCUCAGGGCAUCAUUUUAUCCGCGACUUGCUUUGUUAAAUCAUUGCGUAUACGCUGAGAUUAAGAGCACUCUGUGAUGGUGAGUGUUUCAUCUCUGUUAUAACAAGCACCUAUAUUGUGUCCAUGACAUAGGAUGGGAAAACAGAUACAUGAUAAAAUCAAUGCACAUUAACAUUUUUUGAGUGAUGUUCACAUGGCAGUCAAAACACAAUUAAUUGAGAUAAUAGUAUACACCUCGAAUAUAUUUUUCACACCUUGUAAGAAACUUAAUAAUGGAUCUAUAAAGAUACAUAUAUUAAUUACUUAAGAGUUAAAGAGCAUGAAUUUGGGCACUUUCUUGAUGUGUACCUACUUCAUCAGGCUCUGUUUUAGUUUUUUAAUAGCUAAAAUAAAGCUACAGGCUGGUUUAGAAACAUGGUUACAGCCUUAUAUUUAAAGACUAUACAAGACUCAGGAAACCCUGGUGGCUUGUGAUUAAGAGCUAUGGCUGCUAGUCAGCAGUUCUAAUCCACCAAGCACUCCUUGGAAACUCUGUGGGUCAGUUCUACUCUGUCCUAUAGGGUCACUAUGAGUUGGAAUCAACUCAAAUGCAACGGGUUAUACACAACUCAAUGAUACUGUUAAUUA